GUUUAAAUCAAGUCGCUUGCAGUAGCUGCAGCUAUAUUGUAGUAGCAUUUCAGAAUAAAACAGAGCCGCACCCAUGGCCAUGGAUGAUUACGAUGAUGAUGUGAGCACCACAGGCGUUGGGGUCACAACGACGGCACGCAUAGAGAACCAACAGCAACAUCAUCAUCAGGGUCAGCAGCAUAGCUCCGGGGCCGUCAAGGUGGGCGGUUGGCGUUACGAGGACGCCAGUCGUUAUAUUGGAGAAUGGAAUCAGCGCGGUCAGAAGCACGGUAUUGGACAUCUACAACUUGCAGACGGCACACGCUACGAUGGCAAAUUUGUUGAGGGUUUAAGCCAGGGACUGGGAUGUCUCUGGUUUCCAGAUGGCGCCAAAUACGAAGGCGAAUUCCUGCAAGGUUGGUUUCAUGGUUAUGGCAUCUUUUGGCGAUCCGAUGGCAUGAAGUAUGAGGGCGAGUUUCGCGGAGGAAAAAUAUGGGGUCUGGGUCUACUCACAUUCCAGGACUUUACGCAUGGUUUUCCGCGCAACGAGGGUUUCUUCCAGGACUGCCGUCUGAUGCGCAAGCAUCGCUGCCCCGAAGUGGUUCAACGGGCACAGAAAUGUGCCUUAAUGGCGCGUUCGCAAUGCGAGCAUCCCUACUAGAAAUGGUGAGGAAGCACUCGUCCCUCAUAUAUUGGAAGUAAUAAAUCUAUCUGUGUUGGCCAUAA